CCACCAGCAGGACCCGCCCCUCGUGGGCAGGGUGCGGGCCGCGCAUAAAAGGCUCCGCUGCCCGGGGCGUCCUGGGAGCUGCGACUUUGAGUCCCUGCUUCUGCUCCUUCGCGGCCCCGCUGUCACCCACGCAGUCAUGGCAUCCGGCAGCGCGCACAUCGGGAAGCCGGCCCCAGACUUCACGGCCACCGCUGUGGUGGACGGCGCCUUCAAGGAGGUCAAACUGUCGGACUUCAGAGGGAAGUACGUGGUCCUCUUCUUCUACCCCCUGGACUUCACCUUCGUGUGCCCCACAGAGAUCAUUGCGUUCAGCGAGCAUGCUGAGGACUUCCGAAAGCUGGGCUGCGAGGUGUUGGGGGUCUCCGUAGACUCGCAGUUCACCCACCUGGCGUGGAUCAACACCCCCCGCAAGGAGGGCGGCUUGGGCCCCCUGAACAUCCCCCUGCUUGCUGAUGUGACCCGAACCUUGUCUGAUAAGUACGGAGUGCUGAAAAGGGAUGAGGGCAUUGCCUACAGGGGCCUCUUCAUCAUCGAUGGCAAGGGAGUCCUGCGCCAGAUCACUGUGAAUGACCUGCCGGUGGGGCGCUCCGUGGAGGAGGCCCUCCGGCUGGUCCAGGCCUUCCAGUACACAGAUGAGCACGGGGAAGUCUGCCCUGCUGGCUGGAAGCCCGGCAGUGAUACCAUCAAGCCCACUGUGGACGACAGCAAGGAGUACUUCUCCAAACACCACUAGGCUGGUCGGUGGGAAGCUGGGGAAUGAGUCUGUGCUCUCGGAUCCAGCCUCUGCCUCCACCUGGCCAUCUGUGCUGGUACAGAAAGGGUGGCUCUGCUGUCCAAACUCCAAGGCUGUCGAGGCUGGAGGGCUUAGCUGAGGCUUUCUCAUCCCUCACUGGGAACUGGCGACAAGCGACCCCUCCAUGGAGCGCACUGGUAUAGGUCUGUAGGUGACCAAUAAAGUAUCUGAAACGA